CCGCCCCUUGCCUCAGUCAUUCGUUGGAGCGCGUCCUGGCAGCAACGCGAGCGAGGCGCUGCUCCUCUUUCAGAAGCUCUGUUGUGUGUGCGUCGCAGAGGUGAUGAUGUAGAUUGUUUCUAGUACCUACAAGCUACUUCAAUUCGAGUCGAGAGGUAAUGCUACAAGACUGGAAAAAGUCAAAAUGGUAAAUACAAGGAGUUUGUCCAAAAUGAGUGUUGCAGUCUAUCUAGUGAUGGCCGGUGCCAUCUCCGCGAACUGGGUGCCAUACACGCUAGGUGGCAAUACCGUCAUGGUGGACAGCAGUGCCCUGGGACACAGCAGACCUCUUCUGAUAUACCUUCAGGAGGGUAUGCCUUAUCGUAGAAAUUCUGAUGAAGUCACAGACAACACAGAGGCCGUGGACACAGAAGGGAGCGAACCAGAUGCGGGCGCGGAAACCAAGACCGAGGCUCCUUCCGAGGCGCCGCACGAAGGCGCUGAGCCAGACACUCAGACAUCAAAUAUUUUCACCAAUCAAUAUGGAUUCACCAAAGAUGAAAACGGCAAUCUGAACAUCGACGUGUAUCCCACAUCUCAGACCUGGGACUGGGAAAACCAAGAUGUUCUUCCCAGCACCCACGAGUCCCUGUACUACUCCGUCCAGACCCCAGACGCCACCCACGUCUCGCAAAAGAUCCAUAACAUCGUGACGACCCUGAACCAGAAUAACGCCGGCGUGAAGUUGAACGACCGAGCGCCCGUCGAUGCCUUCCCCAUCAUGCCCGCCCGCCCAGGAGAUGUCCCUCCCGUCCUGAGCGAAAGCGGGUUUGCCGGCGUGUCUGUGAUGCACAAAGUCCCACAGGACACUGAACCCUACGAUGAGUCCACGACAAAUACUGGGAAUUUCAAUCUGUACGUAGAUAAUGAUCCCAUUGAGUCAGCGACCCCAGAAGGAGGCGUUUAUCAAUACGAAGAUCAAAUCAUUUUCGAACCACCGGCCUUCCCGCCCCUCAAUUCGUGGGUCAAUGUCGAUCACAGAAUCAAGCAAAAGGACCCCUCCGUGCAUGCAGCGACGGGUUUGCAACUAGGAAGUCCGCACGCGGCGCCUCUCGCACCCAGUGACCUACAUCGCCCCGGCCAUGACUCAUCGAGCGCUCCAGAACAAAUCGCUGAACAAGAUAGCGAUUCGCUCGUCGCGGCCUCUGCUGCCAACGAGAAGCAGGCAGCGAAUGCCAAAGACGAGUCUUCAGUUACUAGUACGACACAAGUUUCUGAUGUUAGUACGGAUGUAACCCAACUCCCCGAAGUCACACAAGAUGCACCUACAAUUGUCAGUGCUACUCACAUCACUGAUGUCAGAGAGGGUGCUUCUCCAACCAGUGACGUCCCGAGUGUCUCUCAGGACAAUGAUUUUAUCACUGAAGCGGCAAUUGAGUCCACCAGUGAAGCUGUUCAGAGUGAAGGUUCAGUGAGUGAAAUUUCCAGCCAACAAACGGAAAAUGACGCUCUGAUAGAAGCCAGUGUAGCAAAUCCAACGCAAAGUUCAGCCCAGGGCGAAGAAGAAGCCACAGAAAAUCCAGAAAGCAAAAACGAUGACCUCGGUGGUGAAGUCUCCACGAUCCCCGAUGUCCUAGAAACGACAGAGCCAUCUUCGGAAGUGAAUACGACAUCCCCUGUAGAUGAGUUCCUGCUUCAGAAGGAGGAAGAAUUCAGGCUCAAGGAAGAACAGGAGAAGAAGGCGAUGCUAGCCGAGCAGCAGGCUCAGCUUGCUCUUGAACUAGCAAUGGCAGAUCUCUUCACAGAUUUCACCAAAGAUGAAAAGACUAAUCAGUCCGAGAGCGACACCGAUGGAGCUGCAGAAAAUCCCUUAUCCAUUACUACUAUUGAGCGAGAUUCCUCGGACCCGCUAGACCAGUCCGAUCAAAGAGCCGAUUCUCAGACUCAGGAAGCACAGACAGAUAUCCCUGAUAUCGACCAGACAACAACAGACGCUCAAAUCAUCCAGAUAACAAGAGUAGAUGAACAGUCAACCAACGACCAGGAUACCAACGUAGAUGACCGCGUUGAUAGCAUUGUCCAUCAACCCACUUUGGAAGGAGAGGCAGGCAUGAGUCAGGACGCGCCAGAAGAGGAGCAGUUUGGCACCACGCAAGAAGCUCUGGUGGAGGCGCUGUCGGAUGACCUUCAGGAAAAGCAGGCGGACGACCUGCCUGUUACCACUCAAAAAACUAUAGUUAGAGAGUCAGGAGAUAUUCAGAAAACGCAAUUAGAGGAUCAGGUCGUCACCACUCAGGCGCCAGAAGCAGAGAGGCAACCAGACGACAUUCAGGAAGCACAAUUGGAUGCCAGUCAAGUUACCCUGUUUGACGGACGGCCAGACACCAGCCAGCAGACCCACGUGGAAGGCCAGCUCAGCGCUUAUCCCGCGACCGUGGAAAAUGAAAAACCGGGCAGCAGCGAAGGGACGCUAGAAAUCAGGCCCCUGCCAAGCCCGGCCGCCAAGCCCUUGCCCACCUUGCCCAUUCUCUACAUGGGCAAUCCGUCCCUCCUGAGCGACUUCCCGCCGACGCGCGAUGAGCCGGCGUCCUCACAGACCGACCUCCACUACUCCCCGGCCGCCGGCGUCGACCUCCGCCCCGUCGCCACAGACCAGGAGGACGGCGUGUACAACCAGAGGCACAACCCGCCCGGGCCCGAGUCCAGCCUCAUCAGCUGGUACGACCGCGACCCCAUAACCAUCUUCGACCCCCACCACCACUCGUCGAAGGUCACGGGGGCCCCCGAGAAGUCGGGGACGCCCAAUCCGCAGGACAACGACAUCCAGACUGGGGGAGGAGGCAUCCCGGGCCACCAGCCGCCCAGGCUCACCACCAACGACGAUGACGUCUUCCCUCUCGACGAUGAGGCAAAUACCACGGUGUCUCUUGUGAAGAAUGGAGCAGUUUUCCACGCCGCUAAUCCCAGUCUCAUUGAGAAGAGAACAUGCAGAUGUGGUCUGCGGUUCAACACAAAGAUCGUCGGCGGAGAUCCAACAGACAUCGCCCAGUACCCGUGGCAGAUUGGCUUGGCUCAGAAAUACGACAGUUUUGUUUUCUGCGGCGGAUCCAUCAUCAACGAUCGAUACGUUCUCACUGCCGCCCACUGUGUCGAUGGGAACUUUCCCGAAAACCUUGUAGUUCGCGUCGGUGAAACGACAAGAUCGGGUCCUGCAGUAACCAUAGAUGUUGAGGAAAUCAUAGUCCAUGAAAAAUAUACCUACGAGUCGAUCAUCUCCUACGACAUUGCUUUACUGAAAUUAGCUUGGCCUGUUGAGUUCUCCGAGUCGGUUUUGCCUGUCUGUCUUCCGAAUAAUAAGAAGAAAUUCAGCAAUAAGAAAGCGGUCGUUACCGGGUGGGGAAAAAAUAACUCCGCCGGCGAGAUACAGGACAGGCUACAGGAAGUUACAGUCAAGGUCUACUCAACGAAGAAGUGUAAAAAGAAGUCAGAAUAUCAGAAGAAAGAAGUUCAUAAGGAUAUUGUCUGUGCAGCGUCUAAAAAUAAAGAUGCUUGCCAGGGCGACAGCGGCGGGCCUCUGGUAGUUCUCGAGAGAAGUGGAUCAGGGAAAAUUCCCAAGAGGGUGUUCAGUGCCGAUCGCCUCCAAUUAAGACUGGAAGCUUGCCGUUGCACUCUUCGCUACAGUUUUGCACAAAAGGCUCUCAAAAGGCCUUCAAACGAUGUCAUGACUGCGGAAACUUAUAAAAAAGAAAGCUUCAGUGAGCUUCUGAAUGCCUCUCUGAAAGGUAUUUUCAGUUAG